UGGACUCGAAUCACCGCGCCUAUAGAGGCUCCAGCGACCAGAUUGUGCCUCCGCGGUUAAUUCUCUCGUCAGACGUUUCAUCCGGGGUAAAAAAAAUGCUCGAAUUGGAUAAAAAUAACGGGCAAAUUCGCGCCUGAAAUAAUAAAAAACUUCGGAAUUCCGCUUCUCCUUUCACCCUGCAGUAUUUCGUCGAACAUUAAAGUGUUUCGGGACCCUCGGUGAGUCGAUACAUGCAGUUGUAACACCCAGCCUCGAGUCACAUCGUGAGGUGUGGAUGAUUCGUCAUCGCCUCAGAUCAAUCUGAUAACGAAUUACGCUCGAUCGGUUAUGAACUCCCGAACAGUGAAGUGAAGCGUGUUUCUCCCAGGGACCGAAAUGGCGAUCGGACCUCAGAGGGUGGUCAGGUCGGAACUCGAGGGCGGAUUGUCGGGACCCGCCAAUCCGAUUCCAGACGAAUCCAUCGACUGUGGUUGCGGACAGAUGCCCUGCCCCAAACUUGCCAGGUUCGCCACGCGAGGUUUGUUCGUUGGUCUCGUCAGCACCAUCGGAACCAUCCAGGCUGCAGCUCAAGCCUACUUCUUGAUCACGAGUCACACUGUGGCCAGGAAGUUUCAGUUCGAUCCGAACAUAAUCGAAUGGAUUGUUGUUCUCUCGUAUCUUACCCCUGUGUUAUUUGGCCUCCCCGUUGCAUAUUGGGGCGACAGAAUCCACAGAGCCGCAUGGACUGGGGGCUUGGCCAUGGUGCAAGGUGUCGCCUAUUUUUCGCUGAUUAUUCCACACCUGGCAAGCAGCGAAGAGGCGGAAACUGGGUCGACAAAUGUCACCCACAUGUCACUUUAUUCUGAUGACAGUCCAGAGCUCUGCUCCCCGGAGAUGGCGGCAUUGACCAUGAACAGCACAGACACGGGUUACGUGAUUCUUGGUCUGCUGAUCGUCGUGCAAAUCAUCGCUGGAAUUGCGAGCGUUGCGUAUUACGCGUUUACACUCUCUUACAUUGACGACAACACCAAGAAGAAAAACGUUGCUAUCUAUAUCGGAGUUGUUCUCUCUGUCACGUGCUUCGGAGUCUUGCUGGGCUGCCUGUUGGCCUGGUUAUGCCUGAUGAUAGACUCCGAGAACUUGACUAGGGUGGAUACUUACCAGAAACAAAUUGGAGCAUGGUGGUUAGGCUGGCCAAUCCUAGGAGUUCUUUUAAUAAUUCCUGCUUUCUUCGUUGCUAUAUUUCCAAGAAGAUUACCUUCAGAGGUUGUAGAACAGGCAGCAGCCUCCAUCUUGGAUAGCGCAAACGGGUCCAGACGCAGCAGCUUUAAAUCCUACAACCAAGCACUUGCAAGUACCGGAUUUUUCCAAUCGGUACUCAGGGUGUUUACGAAUAAAAUAAUAAUAUUCAACGCAAUGGCUGCCGCGUUCGCCAUAACAGCAUUGGUCAACUUCAAGGCGAAUGAAAACGUUUUUCUCGAGUCCAGAUACUACAUUCCAAGACCGACGGGGAUGUACCUUGGAUUCGGUGACCCAUGGACGUCCAGAUUGAUCGCACAUAUCACGAGACCCAUCGUCGUGGGCUCGUUGGUCAUCGUCGCUGGUCUAAUCAUCGCAAAGUUCAAGCCUGCAGCAUCAUAUGUGGCAGGAUACACCGUCAUAGCCAUGGCUUUAACGGCAACAAUUUUUCUAGCCCUAGCAUUUGCCACAUGCGACAAGCCAUCGAUAGUCGGAUCCUACAGGGAUACAUUGAUACUCCUCAAAUACUGCAACAAAAACUGUGGCUGUUCCCGUGACGCAGACUUUCGCCCAGUGUGCGACGAACAGGGAAGAUUCACGUUCUACAGCCCGUGCCACGCGGGAUGCCACACUGUUGAAUUCGUCAACAACACCAAGUACUACAGGAACUGUAGCUGCGUUGAGGACAUGUUGGGCUUGGGCAACACCGACGCUGUGGACGGACCCUGCGGCUCGACGAGUUGCCAUAUCGGUUGGAUAAUUUUUCAGGUGAGCUCGGUUUUGGUUACGGCUUUGCUCGCUUCGGCGGCAGUGGGAAACGUGAUCAUAGUCUUCAGGGCCAUAUACCCGCAAGACAAAGCGUUGACCGUAGGUUUCCACAUGGGCCACAUAGCCACGAUGGCUUACAUGUCUGGAAAGAUACUGUACGAUCGAAUCGUGGCAAAAGCUUGCAAACUUUGGGGUACUGACGAAAUCGUUUGCCGCUUGUACGACACUGACAAGCUUGCUGACUACAUCUGCUACCUUUCUGCGGGCAUCGUUGCGAUAGCUGCGAUCUUCCAGUUCCUCGUCUGGUACUGCAGCAGGAAUCUUAAGCUCUAUGGAUACCCCGAAAUUGAUCUACCGGAGGACACCGAGCUCCAAGGCGUGCAAACGUCUCCCUUACUGAGCGGCGUUCUGGACCCUGUUCCAGCAAAAUCUGUUGAUACCGUAGACGAAAACCCUAACGGCAAUCCGGGGAACGUUGAUACUGUCCUGACGACGACUAUGCAUUCAGCCACGGCAGUUCCUCAGGAACGAGUUAAUCAGCCUCCGGUGGCGGAAGAAGUCACGCAGACGAGCACCCCGUUGAAAUUCGGACCUUUGGGUCCAGGCAACAUGAGGACGAAGAGUACCGUUCCUGCCGUCACCGAGGCCCGAACGGCAGCGGAGACGGAAGACGAGCUGGACUCAUCAACGGAUGACGAAACACUUCCAGUAAGGCGAAAACGCAGCACGGAAAUCGCUUACAGACCGUUGGAGUUGGACUCAGACGUCGAGAUUGAUCUAAGCAGUGCGGGCCCGAGGACCAGGAGGAACGUAAUCAGCAGGGACUUCGACCCUGUACUGAACAACAUCGGGAUAGCAUCCUUUCCAACACAGAAUUCGCCCAAACCAGCAAUCGAGUCCGACGAGGAAGACGGUGUCUACAGGGAACGACGGAAGUCGAGGCCGAGUAGGUCCAUGCAGAACGUGAGCUCGUUGAGCCCCGUCCAGGAACGAGUCAGGGAGUUCGAGUCGAGGAGCGAUAACGACGACGGGUUCUCGAAGACUGACAGCUUCGAGUACUCGGCGAAGGCUCCGCAGCGAUCAAACAAGAUCACUCCAGAGCUUGCGGCAAAACGUGAGCCCUACAGGCUCACCGGGGACUUCAACGAGGUUGGAAUACCGAUUUUGGAACUGGACAAGGAGCCGACAACUCCUGUCAGUCCGGUCUUCAAGAUCCAGAGCAUCCAGGCCAGUCAGAAGAAUUUUCAAGGUCAUCUUAGCCGCGAAGAUCUCGACAAGAUUCCAACCUACGAUCCGAGUGAGGAGCUCGAAAGCCCCCAGAGUCCGAUAAAGUCAGAGCCAUAUAAGCUUGAGGACGUUGUCGCGGAACCGGAAGUUCCUCCGCUGCCAACCAGUCCACCACCACAGAGCAGCGGGUCUUCCGGCUUCGGCAGUCUGCCUCCUUCUGACGUUGAAGAGAACAAGGCCUUGGCUAGGUCCCGGGAAAACCUUGGCGGUGGCAGUCCGGCCACUUCACCAGGCGGAACCAAGCUGCCAACAUUGAUUACAGAUUUUUAAACUUGGUUCAAGUUCGAUCGCGCCUCGCGCGUCACACUGAAUAGUACAAGAAAAUAUGUUAUUUUAUAUAUUUAUUCAAUAAAACGGUUAUGUGCUGA